CGGAUUACUGGAGGGAUUUUGUCUUCCGUUAAUCCGGACUGGGAGAGCUGUGGGAGGGAAUCAGCUUCAUUCUCUCUGGAAUUCCUCCUCUAUCCCAGUGUCUACAGGUUCAGGAGACGGUCUGGGCAACAUGAAUCUCUUCUGUUUCUCGCUGGAGGGCUCAAUGGAUAGUCUCUACGAGCCAGUCCAGGAGCCCCAUGAUGCCCAGGGUUACACAGUCCACAGCAGACCCAGCAGCCCAGCGGCACACCCCGAGAUGCCCACAUGGGGUGGGCCGGAGCGAUCCAUUUCAUUGGAUUUUUCUCAAUCCUGCAGUAUGGGUUUAAAAAAGAAGAAAAGAAAAACGCCGAUCCAGAAAUCUGUGUCUCAGAAUGAAUCUUUAGAUAACACGGAGUGUAAUACUCUGCUCUGGAAGACUUCCACAAAGAAAGGGAAUGGUCUAUCGAGCCGUGGAAAGAACUGUCUUCAUGAAGACUUGGUGGAAGAUUACUUUCUGGCUGAUUUCUUGAAUGCUGAAGACAGGGUGACCCUGUUGAAAGACAAGAACGUGAAGGAGAGCCAGUGGAAGAGGCAGUUCAAAGAGCAGGUUCUGAGCUAUGAUGCCUGGAUUCCAAACUGGGACCACAGUGACAGCAAACAACAGCAGCACGAGAUGGCUGCAGUGGCGGAUGAGGAAGAGACUGAAUCCAGGGGAACAUUGAAGAGGCUGCAGAAGCUGGUCCGAGUGAAGAGAAGCAGUCUGUGCAGCCCUGAUGAGGAGGACAAGAACACUGCUGUGACGAGCACACGCGUUCAGGAUGCAGUCUUUGUGGAGGACAGUCCUGUCUUAUCCUGCAUAAAGCUGCUGAAGAACCAGGAGAAGAAGCAGAGCAAAGCAGAGCCUCCACCGCGGCAGAGCCAGGGCAACGAGCCGAGUGCAGAGUUCACAUGGAACUCCCUGGACAGGACGUACCGUCCGGGGUGGAGCAAUCCCAUAGAGUACCCCCUGCCCUGGCACCACAGCUACCACACGUGCCAGAGGAUCAUCCCCGAGCACCGGGUGUACGGAUACGACUUCACCCUGCCCAGAUCAAAGGACUGGGACCAGGCUGAGUGCUGUGCACACGAUCCAGCCCUUCCGAGGGCUCCACGCUCAGCCACCGAUGUGGAUCUCUGGGAUUCGAAGCGCUCCAGCAGCUUUGGGAGAUUUGACGCUUUCAGACAACAUUCAUCAGCACAGCCUGCACCAGAAGACAACUCGGAGAGCAGUGCUGCUGAAGGAGAGUGUGAAGCGGAGGCCUGCGAUCAGAGUCACAACAAACCCUCCAGUAAUACAAGCAUCGGCAAGAAGAUGAGGGCCAUUUCUCUGACCAUGCGCAGGAAGAUGGGCAGAAAGUACAGCAAAGCAUUCACAGAGGAAAUGGGUGAAGACACAGAGCGAGACUGCGAGACCCACGAGGGUGAUCACAGGCACGGCCAGCACUCAGAGAAAGCCUCUAUGAAAGCCAGCGACUCCAUGGAAAGCCUGUACAGCGGCAGGAGCUCCUCCAGUGGGGUCACCAGUGGCUCGGACGGAUCCAGUAACCGGGACAGCAUUCGACUGGAAGAGGACGUGCCGUACUGUGGGCCCUUCUGUGGGAGCUGCCGAGUUCACACUGACUUCAUCCCCAGCCCGUACGACAGCGACUCCCUCAAACUCAAGAAAGGAGAUGUUAUUGAAAUAAUCAGCAAGCCUCCGAUGGGAACGUGGACAGGCAUGCUCCACAACAAAGUGGGCAGCUUCAAAUUCAUAUACGUGGACGUGAUCCUGCAGAAAGAGGAGGUGGAGCAGGAGAGGAAGAUCCGACCCCACAGGCGAAGCAGGAGGCCCCGGCCCAAAACCCUGCUGGAAAUGCUGGAGAGACUGGAUCUGAAGGAAUACGCCUCGUCUCUCCUCCUCAAUGGCUAUCAGACCGUGGAUGACCUGAAGGACCUGAAGGAGAAGCACCUGAUUGAGCUCAACGUGUCCGACCCCGAGCACAGAACCAGGCUGCUCGCUGCAAUAGAGAACCUGGCAGGGAUAGAGCAUGACAAUGAGCAGGAAAGCGAACAGCUGCAGGUUCCUCAGACGCUGGGCACUAACCUCAGACUCGAGCCAUCCCAUCUGAAUGAAUGCCCCAGAGACUCUGGCUGUUACAUCACAUCUGAGAGUUCAGAUAACGGCAGAGAGGAGCUGGACAGGGAACCCCUCCCGGGGCUGCAGAGAAACCCAUUGCAGUGCCCUGAUUCUACUCUUCAUGAUGUAUCUGGAGAUUAGAGGACGCAGCGCUGCUCCCUCCCUACAGAGAAACCCAUUGCAGUGCCCUGAUUCUACUCUUCAUGAUGUAUCUGGAGAUUAGGGGACGCAGCACUGCUCCCUCCCUACAGAGAAACCCAUUGCAGUGCCCUGAUUCUACUCUUCAUGAUGUAUCUGGAGAUUAGGGGAUGCAGCGCUGCUCCCUCCCUACAGAGAAACCCAUUGCAGUGCCCUGAUUCUACUCUUCAUGAUCUAUCUGGAGAUUAGGGGAUGCAGCGCUGCUCCCUCCCUACAGAGAAACCCAUUGCAGUGCCCUGAUUCUACUCUUCAUGAUGUAUCUGGAGAUUAGGGGAUGCAGCGCUGCUCCCUCCCUACAGAGAAACCCAUUGCAGUGCCCUGAUUCUACUCUUCAUGAUCUAUCUGGAGAUUAGGGGAUGCAGCGCUGCUCCCUCCCUACAGAGAAACCCAUUGCAGUGCCCUGAUUCUACUCUUCAUGAUCUAUCUGGAGAUUAGGGGACGCAGCGCUGCUCCCUCCCUACAGAGAAACCCAUUGCAGUGCCCUGAUUCUACUCUUCAUGAUGUAUCUGGAGAUUAGGGGACGCAGCGCUGCUCCCUCCCUACAGAGAAACCCAUUGCAGUGCCCUGAUUCUACUCUUCAUGAUGUAUCUGGAGAUUAGGGGACGCAGUGCUGCUCCCUCCCUACAGAGAAACCCAUUGCAGUGCCCUGAUUCUACUCUUCAUGAUGUAUCUGGAGAUUAGGGGAUGCAGCGCUGCUCCCUACAGAGAAACCCAUUGCAGUGCCCUGAUUCUACUCUUCAUGAUGUAUCUGGAGAUUAGAGGACGCAGCGCUGCUCCCUCCCUACAGAGAAACCCAUUGCAGUGCCCUGAUUCUACUCUUCAUGAUGUAUCUGGAGAUUAGGGGACGCAGCGCUGCUCCCUCCCUACAGAGAAACCCAUUGCAGUGCCCUGAUUCUACUCUUCAUGAUGUAUCUGGAGAUUAGGGGACGCAGCGCUGCUCCCUCCCUACAGAGAAACCCAUUGCAGUGCCCUGAUUCUACUCUUCAUGAUGUAUCUGGAGAUUAGGGGACGCAGCGCUGCUCCCUCCCUACAGAGAAACCCAUUGCAGUGCCCUGAUUCUACUCUUCAUGAUGUAUCUGGAGAUUAGGGGACGCAGCGCUGCUCCCUCCCUACAGAGAAACCCAUUGCAGUGCCCUGAUUCUACUCUUCAUGAUGUAUCUGGAGAUUAGGGGACGCAGCGCUGCUCCCUCCCUACAGAGAAACCCAUUGCAGUGCCCUGAUUCUACUCUUCAUGAUGUAUCUGGAGAUUAGGGGACGCAGCGCUGCUCCCUCCCUACAGAGAAACCCAUUGCAGUGCCCUGAUUCUACUCUUCAUGAUGUAUCUGGAGAUUAGGGGACGCAGCGCUGCUCCCUCCCUACAGAGAAACCCAUUGCAGUGCCCUGAUUCUACUCUUCAUGAUCUAUCUGGAGAUUAGGGGAUGCAGCGCUGCUCCCUCCCUACAGAGAAACCCAUUGCAGUGCCCUGAUUCUACUCUUCAUAAUGUAUCUGGAGAUUAGAGGAUGCAGCACUGCUCCCUAUGAGGGAAGUACUGCAAAGCAAGCUUUUUUGAUGGAGCUAUCUUUUAGUAGGAUCAGAUGAAUAAGUAUACAAAGAUACACUGGCUUUGAGACCCGGCAGGUCUCCUCUUCAGGUGAGAAGUGGAAAGCUUUGUAUUUUCUACCCAUCUUCAGCCGAUCCUAUUAAAAGGUAUCUCUAAACCCUCAUUGUUGUAGCUCUUUAUUCCAGUACUGAUGGGAUGCAGGACGGUCGUUUCUGUUGAGACAUUGUGGUUUGUCGAUUUCAAAUUGUAAAUACUGUCGAUCGCAGUUCUUUUUCUUUUGAUCUGUUCAUUGAAGACCGUGGAUUUCGGUUUCUGUUAGUUUUUUUCUUCAAGGUCGAAGUGUAGUUUUAUGAAUCCAGGUGCAAAGAUUUUGUUGUUAAAGGUCUUGUAAGUACAUUAUAACUCUACAUAAUUACAUUGUAACUCUGCAUAAUGACACUGGAAUGAUGUGUAAGUACACAUGCAUUUACUGUAACUACUAUGGAAAUACAUACAUAAUGUACAGUGUUACCCUUUGCAUCAUGCAAAAUCUUACCAAUAAUAUAUAUAUAUAUAUAUAUAUAUAUAUAUAUAUAUAUAUAUAUAUAUAUAUAUAUAUAUAUAUAAUUGGUAAUUAGUCAUUCUUGUUAGUGCUGUUGAUUGUGUUUUCUUCUUUCUGAAGCAAUGUCUCCAGAUCUUCAUACUUUCAGUAAUGUAUAAUUCUAUCUGCAUGGGCACGGUUUAUGUCAGUAUUUGUGUGUGAAGUUGUAGAUUCCAGUAAUUGUAUGUAUUUGCAUUAAGAUAACAGCGUUCAAGCUGCAUCCUAAGUAUGUACUUUGUGUGCUGUGCGUCGUUCUGUUUCUAUCAUUUGAUGUAUUCUGGUUUGUUGUUGAAAUGAAAUAAAAUGUUGUUUUUUUUCUCGAAUGAAAUGUCAGCAGCAAUACAUUAUUGACAUCUUGCUUCUCGCUCUUUACAAACACUUG